GGAGCGGCCGGGCUGCGCGGCUGCUGCUUGCGCCGGACUCUGGCCCCGAGCCGCAGACGGGCCGCAGCCCCGGGGGCUGGCUGGGAAGGGGCUUGGCAGCCCCGGCAGCGGCACCAGGCGCGUGGAAAGCCGGGAGGCUGCAGCUAGCGGUGGAUUGAAACCUGAGCAGAAAACUUCAAGUUUACUGUACGCUGAGAUAUUUUUUUUUAGCUUCGUCAAUGAAGCAAAGAAGGAACUCAUCACUUUUCUCAAUGGUUCUCUGAGGAAAGGAACUGAAAAACUUCCAUCUUUUGACAUGGAUUAUAUGUUGAUGUAGCAGCAAGAACUGAGAGAUGCUUUUCUUGACCUGUUUGUGAACAAUUUGGGCUCCAGUACAAGGAAGACUGUGGGCAUCUGCAGGAAACAGUCCCGGAAAUACACUGCACAAGUAUUGUAGAUUUCCCUGUUCAGUAAUAGUCAGCAUGCUAUUAUUCUAUCACAUGUUGGCUGUAGCUUCUCUUCAGAUCUUCAUCCUCUCAGGGAAUUGGGCUCUAGCCAAGAACAUCAACUUCUAUAAUGUGAGACCUCCACUAGACCCCACUCCAUUUCCAAACAGCUUUAAGUGUUUCACCUGUGCAAAUGCAGUUGACAAUUACAACUGUAACAGAUGGGCUGAAGAUAAAUGGUGUCCUGAAAAUACAGAGUACUGCUUGACAGUUCAUCAUUUCACAAGCCAUGGAAGGAGUACAUCUGUGACCAAAAAAUGUGCUACCAGGGAUGAAUGCCGUUUUGUUGGCUGUCACCCCCACAGAGAGACAGGCCAUACAGAAUGCGUUUCUUGCUGUGAAGGGAUGAUCUGCAAUGUAGAAAUACCAACCAAUCAUACAAAUGCAGUGUUUUCAGUAAUGCAUGCUCAGAGGAAAUCAGAUGGCAGCAGGAGGACAAUUAGCAUUCCGGUGCUUGCAUCAGUCAUAACAAUUAUGUUGUUAUGAUGCAGCUUUCAAUGUGCCAAAUAUGAUUCAGAGGGAUAAACUUUAUGGGCUCUAACAUGAAGCUAUAAGAAGAAUGUUUCAGUUUGAAUAAAGUCACCGUUCCCCUUCAGAUUAUAGAAGAUGGUAGGAAAACAUGGACAUGCACAUCAUGAAGUUUGUUGAUCAUUUAUUGAAAAUUCUUUUAAAGAGUCUGAAGUAUUUAAAAGAAAAAACUGGUGACCAGACACUGUAGUAGACUUUAACCAGUUAUCUGAAUUCUUCAUUUGGUGGUGGAAGCGUGUAUACAUUCUGCACAUUACUUGAACAAGGAAACUGAUUGUCUGUAGGCAGUCGAUUGAUCAGGUGAGCUAAAGGAGUACUUCUAGAUGCAAAAGCUAUGCCAAGCUUAUCUCAAGAGAAGCCACUUUUUUCAUAACUUUGAGUAUUACUUGUUGUGUUGAGUCUCUUGUCUGCCUUAUUGAUGAGAAAAUGUUAUGUUUAAGUUCAUCCUUAACAUGGUGUUCAUGGAGAACUGUACAUUUUCCAACAAGGUGUCUAAGAAAUAGACAAAAGUGCUUUUUUAAAAUUCAGUUUUGGUCAGAACUUUCAUGUCCUAUGGAAAAACUGAAAAAUAUUUUUGUUUUUUUGUCUCUCCUACUACAACAUUGUGAUGACACCUCAGAUUAUAAAAUAAUGAAUUAAAAAAAAAUCCUAACAAAAGAUGCCCCACUGCUUAGGCUCCUACAAGUCUCUGUUUAGGCAUGUAACUAAAAGCAGUCUGAUUUUCAAGAGUGCUGAAUACCUGUAUCUCCCAUUGUCUUUGAUAGGAUUUGUGGGUGAUCAGUUCUUCCAGAUACCUCACCACUUUUAUUUAGGAGCCUAAUGUUAGGCACACAGCUUUGAAAAGUAUGGCCUAAGUUUCUAAAAAUAAUGUUGCCAGUCUUACCUUUGUUUUCAUAGCUGUAUUAGAUUUUUUUUUAAAGGCCUGGUUUAUUGCAUAUUUUGACUAAUGUCGCACAUCUGACCAGUUGGAAAAAUUAGAAAUGGUAGAAUUUAGGUUACUGUUGCACAUUACAAAAAAAUCUGUUUUCCUUUGUAGGCCUUGCAAUGAACAAUGUGUGUGUCAUAUUUUAUGUGUAUUCUUAUCCCUCUGGUUCAAGGGCUGGAUACUUCAGAUUCACUGUCUCUUUCACACGAAGAAGUCAAUCCUGAAGACUGAUAGAAAUUGAUUUCACUUAUUUUCAGUCAGUAUUCGGUCUGAUUUGCAACAUACGCCAGUGUUGACUAUUUUUUUAAUAUUUUUGGCUCAGAUUCUCUGUGCUUGAAAACUCCCUGAUCCUGUGAACCAGCAUAUGUCAGCCCGGUCCUGAGCACAACCUCAAGGCUCCCAGCAGUCUCUGGGACCUGUGUUGAUGGUUAUGGGUGGAGGGAAGUUUCAGCCAUGCCUCCUUUUUUGCCCAAGCCUGCACUCAGAGCCUUCACUUACUGGAUCCACCAUCCCCUUUGCACUACAGCAUGGUCAUGAGUCUGACCCAUACAGUUUGAACAGAGCACUGUAUUGCAUUUUUUGUUUCAGAAUUUUUUUUGGUACUUUAUUUGUGAAUUCACAGAUGUAACCACUAACAAGUUAGACUCUUUUGAUUUCUCAUCAUCUUAGUUUUUCAACAAAGCUUUCUGUUUAAUCAGAAUUGGUUGAAAAAAUGAGGGGGAAAAAGUUGUGAAAAUUUUGUCCAAAUAUUUUUGUGGGAUUUUUAAUUGAAAUUUUCAGUGCAACAUAAAGAUUUCAUCAAAAAUUGAAUCUUUCUGAAAAUUUUGACCAACUCUGUAGUUUCAGCCUCUGUGUGUCAAAUCUUUUGUAUUUCUCUCUAACUUGUUUAAGUACACUUAGCUAUUUUAAUUUUAACUGGCAAUUGGAAAACCUCCUUCGCUGAUGUUUUCAAAAUUGAUGAUGAUCUAUACCAACAAAUAUCCAGAGAAGUUCUUAGAAUGGUGACCCUUUUUCUUCUAUUUUUCCUGUAUGCAAAUAUGUGACAUGUCUAACAUCUAUCUCUAUGAUCUGAUGAAGAGGCACUUAUGAGAAAUAAUUUAGAGUUGUAAAAAGUUACAGAUGGAAAAGAUCAUUCACUCCCUUCGCUUGCCAAUGCAGGGUUCUUUCCUGCCAUCUAAAUCUAAAUAUUUCAAGCAAUGGAUUUUUGACAUCACCUUAUGGAAGACUGACUAUUCCGAAGUCCAAUAGAUCAAGCUAUAAGGAAGAAUUUCCUAGUAUUAAGCAAAAUGUUUCUUUCUUUAAAGGUAAUGUCUUUAAUGCUUCUUUAAUUGUUAUAUCAGUUUAGCAGGUAAUGACAGCUGUAGCUGAGAUCACAGAACACUGUCUAUUAUUAGUUUCUGGUUUUAGGUUUCUGAAACAUUCUCUUGUGGGCUGACAUUUUCCGGACUUGGUUCUCUGCCUGAAGGUGAAUUCUUCAAUAAAAUUAAAGCAAAAUCUUUUCAAUGGUUUUCUGAACUAUGAAAGCAUGUAAGAAUACACUUUUUCCUCACUUCUUCCUCUUAACCUGCACACUCCCACCCCUGGCCAGCCCUUCAGGCUCUAGAUGCUCCCUCAAAUUCUAUUCCUUGGAAUGAUUUGUGCAGUUGAAAAUGACCAUAUAACAAAGCUUGUGGCCUUAGAUGAGUUUACUGUAAAUAGUUUAAGAAGAUCUAAAACUUUACAUUUGUUUAUUCUGCAAAUAAGAUUCCAAACUACACAACUUGGGAGCAGAGCUAGGAUCUUGAAGUACUGGCCAGAAGGUUGGCCAUGCUUAUGCUACUUUAAGAUUUUCUUGAAGUGAUAAGAUUAUCUCCUGUGCAUGCGCAGGUGAGGAAUGCAAUUGACAAUAAUAAGAGACAGUAGUUCCUCAUUGGAAGUCUGGUGCUUGUUAAAUCUGCACAUGUGCAGGCUGCUAAUGACAUUGAUAGGCUAGCUGGCCUUGGUUAAUUGGUGCCUGCUAGUUAUAAAACUGUUUUUUUUCUUUUUAAGAAACUCUAGAAAAUAAAUGCAAAAAAACGGUCAAUUCAACAUGAAGGUUGCACAGUUAAGCACUCGGAUCAGGACAUGUGAAAGUUAAAAUUGACUGUGCAUCAUUGCCUCUGCCUUUUUGCACAUACAUACAGUAACUCCUUGCCUAACGUCGUAGUUAUGUUCCUGAAAAAUGCGACCUUAAGUGAAACAAUGUUAAGCUAAUCCAAUUUCCC